AUGUAUGGAUGGUAUGAACUGCUUAAACAAGAAUUCUUGAACAGCGAACCACUAUUACUAACUACAUCAAAAAAUUUCCAUUAA